AUGAAAAGCCAAGUCAAGGACGCUCUUGUGAGCCUCACGUUCCCAUGGCUCUUCAUGUCCAUCUCGGCACGACACAUUCCCCAGACGGUGCGUGAGCUGGUCUCCCGCCGCCAGUGGGCCACCCUCCUUUCCCCCGAGGGAUUCAACGAGGCCUUAUUCGGUAACUUCUGGGCCACGGUCGGCCCGGAUGUCAAGCUCAACGCGAGCGAGCGCGUCCUGCCCCUCCUCGAGGGUCGCGUGCGCAAUGGUGUUGUGACGUGCAGCGACGACGAUGGUGCCAUCGCCGGUCCCCCGGUCAGGGGUCGCGUCAUCGAGGUCGGUGCCGGAAGCGGCAUGUGGGCAGAUGUGUUUGCGCAUAUUCGCAGCAAGACCAGCCAUGGUGGCCCCGAGGCCGAGGGUCUGAGGAAGAGACAGACGAGCGGUGGUGAUGCUGGCCUGACAAGGAUUUACGGUGUCGAGCCGAAUCCCCAAUCUGCCGAGUCCCUCCGACGGCGAGUCGCCGACGUUGGCCUGGGUGACAUCUACGAGGUCAUACCGCUGGGCAUCGAGUCUCUCAGCGACCCGCACGCCUGGGAGGGGACAACGAUUGAGCCCGAGAGUAUCGACUGCAUCGUCUCCGUCCUCUGCCUGUGCAGCAUCCCCGAUCAGGAGGACAACAUCAAGGCCCUGUAUAAGCUCCUCAAGCCCGGUGGCACCUGGUACGUCUACGAGCACGUCAGGGCUCAGCGAGGCGGUAUUCUUCUAUCCAUCUAUCAAAGAAUCGUCAAUGCGGCUUGGUCCUUUUUCGUAGGCUCGUGUCGUCUUUGCAAGCCUACCGGCGUCAACCUGCUCAAUGCUGGCAUUUGGUCAGAGGUUGAUAUUACUCAACCGCCUGAUGAGCCGUCAUACAAGGUUCUCCCACAUAUUCUAGGCACGUUGACCAAGUGA